AUGGCCGCCAGAUUGUGGGUCAUUUCAGGGACGUCUUACGACACUGAUGUCUCCAUGGCAGGAGUCAGUGAACGCAGCAGCAUCCCAAAUAGCGGGGAAAUUGCAGAGGGACACGGGAUCAGAGGUGUGCUCAGUCGAAUCCCGAGCAUUGUCGUUACCUCUGAGUCCAGCCCCUUCCUGCCCAUUGGACGAAAAGGUUCCUGCACCACCCGCCCCAAGACCUCAAACAACAACACGCCCCGCCCUCCCAGCUGAUCGCCCGCAGACCUUCGACCAGCUCACGUCCAGUCCGAUAUUUAGAAGUGUAGAGUUCAAACACAUAGACGCAGCUCAGAAACAAACAAAACCAAAAAAUCAUUACCUUUGAAAUGUAUAAAUCUGAAUAAAUGGUCUAUAGUGUGUGCAGAGGGGGGCGAGGCCCACAUCAGAGUGAGCAUAGCGGUGUCUUGUAAUGUAACAUUUAGUGGUCGAGAAGACAGAAUUACUCUGUAAAUGUCAAAGAACAGCUGUUGCCAUGGAUACUGUAGACUGGAACCAGAAUCAGCUGAUAUACAAAAUUACAGUCAUACAUUAUACAAACUUAAAAAAAUGUAUUUACAAUGCUGUAAAUGAUUGGUUAUUGUUUUAUUUAACCUGUAAAGCCCUAU